AUGGUGACCUCACAGCCUCCACUUCCUUUGAUAGGGGAGAUGUAUGGAAACAACACCUACAGUUAUGUUAGCCUAUGGGACCGGAAUUCAUCGUCCAUUUCCUAUAAAAUAAUGAAAUCCUUCGAGGAACCACCCGAUAUGGGAACUCGUUGUGUGAAUGACGUGCCCAUAUUCCACAGGCAGCUUGAGGCGGGUUGCGAUAAGACUGCAGGGAAUGGAACGUUCAACUGGAAUGCUAAUGAGACGGAAAUACCGUACAAUACCGAUGUCAACUGUCAAUGCACCAGCGCCCUUGUGUGGAAUUGUACAGCGAAAAACUAUCCACUCGACUCGAUACCCUCCGUCACGUUGAACACAACAAUGCGUGUGUUAGAUAUGUCCUACCGAAAUAUCUCUCAAAUGAGAUUGGCAACUCGAUGGUGGGCUAACGACACCAUGAUUGAUGUUUUGGGUGGCUUCUCUUUGGGUCAUACUAGUCUGCGAGCAAGAACUUCUGGUCAGGUCCAAACGGAGCUCCAGGGCUGGCAUAAUUUGGUCUCAGGAAUCAACAAAACAGCUGCUGCUCUUAACAUGCACAUGACUCCUGGAGGUGAUGCUCCUGCGUUAGUGGAUCCAUUUCUAAAAAACAUGACUGUCUCGGAUUUCAUGGCCGGUGUACUGGGGUCCAUGGAGGCACAGGAAAAUGUUAAGGCAUGGUUCAACAACAAGCUGUACACGUCUCUGCCGAUAUUUACGAGCUUUCUGAGCAACGCUUUGUUGAGAGUCGAGUCUAAAGAUACAGAUCCUUCCAAAAUUGGUAUCAUUGCCAUCAAUCAUCCAAUGAAUCAGACAGUAAGGACAAGUUUUGAUGCGCAAGCCAGGUCAGUGAACGCUCUUUCUCCCAUUGUGAAGUUGAUCAUUAUCAUAUAUUUGUCUUCUGGGUUCUCACUGGAUCCCUUUGAACUUUGA